CCCUGCUGCCUAUAAAUGGAUUACUUGGAUCUCACGGUAGCAGUACCAUCCGACAUACGGGUGCAUGCGGAUUAAAGGAUGGCAGGCAUGUUAGCUACAACGUUAAUGCUGUUCGGGCUUAUGUCCAUUGUUCAUCCUUUGUCAUUCGCGGUUGCUGCAGAGGCUCCAACUGGAACAUCUACAGUUCCCCCUCCCGUUCCUUUGGCUGUGGCAAAUCCAAAUAAUCCAUAUUACAAUAAUCCUUAUUAUAAUAAUCCGUAUUAUAAUAAUCAAUAUUAUAAUACGAAUCGCGCGGGUCCUGCGGUGCCGAUACUGUCCUAUGCAAGUGAACAUGUCGGCGAUGGAUCUUACGCUUUUAGCUUUACUACCGGCGACGGCAAGCAAGCGCAGGAAAGUGGAUUUUUAAAAGAUGCCUAUAUUGACAAUACCGGCAAUCCUCAAGGAACACAGGUCGUGCAAGGAAGCUAUGCUUAUGUGUCACCUGAAGGCACACCUAUACAAGUUAGUUAUGUUGCUGAUGAAAAUGGAUUUAGGCCUUCAGGCGUCCACAUACCAGCCGACGGGAAAACUCCUCUUGCACAAGUACCUUUAGUAGACGGUAAAGAUAGAACAUUCGACCCGCUGUACAACAGAUACAACUACCGGAACCCCUACAGCCCUUAUAAUCGGCCCUAUGACACCAGAUAUCCUUACGAUUCGACGAAAUAUCGGCCCUACAAUGAGAGAUACAACCCGUACCUAGGUCCUGUUCAGAUUAAAGAAAAUAAGAAAGAAACUACGUUUCUUACAAUAGUAAACCUUAGGACAAAACUGUUUAAGGACUCAAACCCCGUAAUUUUAUUUGCGGCGAUUGGCGUGAUCACCGCUGACGUCAUCAGCAUCCAGCCAUUCCACCAAGGUCAUUACCAGCAACAACAACAAACACCGCAGCCUCUACCCCAAGCCUAUCCAGGGGACAAUAACGUCCCUAUCAUCAACCAGGACCAGGUCAUCAAUCCCGACGGAUCUUACAAAUGGAGUUAUGAGACUGGAAAUGGGAUUGCCGCGGAAGAGCAAGGCUUUUUGAAGAACCAAGGGGCAGGGGAAAAUGAGGCGCAGUCGGCACAGGGCCAGUUCCACUACACGGCGCCUGACGGACAGUUGAUCCAGCUACAAUACUUAGCUGAUGAGAACGGCUUCCAACCACAAGGUGCUCAUUUGCCAACUCCUCCCCCAAUACCUGAAGAGAUUCAAAAAGCUUUGGAGUAUCUCGCCACAGUUCCGCCGGCCAUUCCUGAUGUCAAGGAGUACAUCAGGCAUUAG